AUGUCGGAUGAAAUCAUGAACGCGAGUCUCCCGAAAUGUUUCUUUGAUUUGGGAGGAAAGAUUGCCUUAAUAGGAUGGAUUGAUUCUCAGCACUUGACUGGUGUUGCUACUACUUACUGCGACAAGUGUUAUAACUCCAUAACAGAUGCAGGAAAUAGGCACGGUCAGCUUUGCAAACAAUCAAGUCUGAAUGAUGAGAAGAGCAUGGACUACUAUCCUACACUGAAAACAAGUAUUACUAUCUACCAUGGAGUGGAGGGCAUGAGUAUGGAAGAUUUUCUUACGAUGGUGCACAUGAAAUUGGUCGGACAUGAUCCAGGCGGAGAUUUGGUAAUUUGUAAUUGGUGCAUUGUCGGUGGAUCGAAGACCAAUGGUGCACAGCGCAAAUGCUUCAUCUGCUCAGCUUGA